CCCUUGUGAAACAGCUUCAGAGCUAUUCAAAGUUCAGAUCUUCAAUCAUAUUUUCUCUUCCAUUUCAGGGGUGACACAUAAUAAAUUAAUAUGCGGGAAACUGAGAAGUUGAAAAGCAAAGGAAAUAAAAAAUCCAGUCACUCAAAGGAACAGACAGGACCAAAGCUAGAUUCAUCGAGAUUCAAAACAAGUAGUGCAAAAUAUUGCAGGAAGAAACAUAAACUAAAAUCAAAAUCUCAUAAACUCAGAGUUGGUACAAACACAUCAAGGAGGACAGUUACUGAUUCUUCCAUCAAGACACCAAUCAAGGAUUCUUCAAAUAAAAAAUUAAUUAUUAGACAAAAUCUGCAUAAAACUGAUGGGAAAUCUUCACUGAUGCCCUCUUCAACAAAGCUACAAGAAUCAAAAGUUUUUCUUAGUUCUAGAAAAGAGGGGAAAGAUGUUGAUGAGGAGGCAAAGAUUCAAAAACAUAAGAGAAGGAGAAAGAAGAGAAGAAAAAGGGAUAAUGUGGAUCUUGAUGAUGCUUCACGCCUGCUGAGGAGAACAAGGUACCUCUUAAUCAAAAUGAAGCUAGAGCAGAACCUUAUUGAUGCUUACUCUGGAGAAGGUUGGAAAGGUCAAAGUCGAGAGAAGAUUAGGCCUGAAAAGGAGCUACAAAGAGCAAAGAAGCAGAUUUUAAAAUGUAAACUUAGUAUUCGUGAUGCCAUUCGCCAGCUGGAUUCUCUUAGUUCGUUGGGUAGCAUUGAAGAUUCCGUCAUUGCUCCAGAUGGAUCUGUUUAUCAUGAACAUAUAUUCUGUGCAAUUUGCAAGCUGCGUGAAGCUUUCCCAGAUAAUGAUAUUAUACUCUGUGAUGGUACAUGCAAUCGCGCUUUUCACCAAAGAUGUCUCAAUCCUCCUUUAGAUACUGAAAAUAUUCCUCCUGGAGACCAAGGCUGGUUUUGCAAGUAUUGUGAAUGUAAGAUAGAAAUACUGGAGGCAACAAAUGCCCAUCUUGGGACUCAAUUCUCCUUGGACAGUACUUGGCAGGAUGUAUUCAAGGAAGAGGCUGCUAUACCUGAUGGUGACACUUCAUUACUAAAUCAAGAAGAAGAAUGGCCAUCAGAUGAUCCUGAAGAUGAUGAUUAUAAUCCAGAGAGGAAAGAAGACAGUCACAGCAUCCACACGGAAGGAAUUGAUGAUAAUGCAUCCGAUGAUUUAAGCAGUUAUUCUGGUCUUUGGUCUUUGAGUGGUGAAUGUUCUCCAGUAGAUGAAGGCAUUAGCCAUGAAUACUGUUCUGUUAAUAGCUACAUAGAUUCUGAUGAAUCUGGCGAAUUAGCGGGUGGACGUAGGCAGCGUAAAGCUGUUGACUACAAGAAACUUUAUGAUGAAAUGUUUGGGAAGGAUGCUCCUCCAUAUGAACAAGUAAGUGAAGAUGAAGACUGGGGUCCUGGCAAAAGAAAGCGAAGAGAAAAGGAGUCUGAUGCUGUUAAUACUCUUAUGACUCUGCAUGAAAGUGAGAAUAAAUAUCCCAAUAAUGAGAACAAUGACAGAAUAAGAGGGAAUUCUUCAGCCGUACAAAUAAGAAGAUCCUGUUUCAGGAUUCCACAUGAUGCAGUUGAGAAGCUUCGCCAAGCUUUUGCAGAGAAUGAGCUUCCUCCGAGAUCCGUGAAGGAAGGUCUUUCGAAAGAGUUGGGAAUUGAUGCGGGGAAGGUUAGCAAAUGGUUCAAAAAUGCACGUUACUUGGCACUUAAAACCAGAAAGUAUCAAGGAGGAGGAGGAGAACAGCUUCAGAGUUUCACUUCUAAGACCUCAAAGGAUUCUAGAUUACAAAAUGUGGAGAAAACUGAGCCUUUGAAAUCAAGAGUCUCCAAAAUAACUGUGAUUCAUUCCCAGAAGAAUGGUAAAAAUGUCAUUGGCAAAGAGAAAACAAAGUCAUCCAGCAAUCCUUUGAAGAAAAGGAAACUAGAAAUAUCUCCACCCUUGACAAGAGAAAAUGGCAACAAGGACUCCAUGGAGAUCAGUGAUGACGUGAGCUUGAAGAAACUGUUGAAAAAAAGGAAAAGGAGGGUGAAUAUUAUAUUUGGAGGAGACUGUAAGGUAGCAGAGUUGGAAUUUGAAAGACUCAGCAAAGUGAAGAUUAAACUUGAUAGUAUGAAGCAAAAAUUAACUGAAGUUCAAAAUUACAGAGCCAAAGGUUCAGAUAAACUCUAUUCAAAUGAACCGUCUAUUAUAUAUGUACCCAUAGCUGAGUUAAGGGAAAAGGAUGAACAAUAAUUAUAUAUUUUUACAUUUUUUCACAGCAGGGUAAUAUAUAAUUUGUUGUUA